AUGGGAAACACCUUGUCCAAUUCAACCCUAUUCCGCCCUACUGAACCAAGUUAUGAUGAUGAAUUGAAAAAUCUUGUAUACAUCCCCGAAUUAAUGAACAUUGAUGUCAACAAAUUUUGGAAUGACAAAACAUAUGAAAUAUUCAAUAAGGAAGAGAAUAUAAAAGAACUUCAUAAUAAAAAGUUUCCAGCUUUAUUUUUAUAUUAUACUAAGGAUGUAAAAACUAAACAUACCAUAAUGUAUUUUCAUAGUAAUUCCUGUGAUCUAGGACAAAUUUAUGAUGAACUUAAUCAUUUACAUGAACAUUUGCAUGCUAAUAUUUUGGCUAUAGAAUAUAUAGGAUUUGGGUUAUGUUAUUUAGAAGGUUCAACAAACCAAUAUAAUAUUAACAGAAGAGCAUUAGCUGCUUAUAAUUUUUUAAAAUCAUUAAAUAUUAAAAAUGAAAAUAUUUUAUUAUUUGGUAGAUCUAUAGGUACAGGAGUUGCUAGUAAGUUAGCAUAUAACUUAAAAUUAAUUGGAGUGUCAGUAGCUGGAAUUAUUUUACAUUCUCCAUAUAUAUCUAUAGAAAAAUUAGUUGAAGAUUAUUUUACUUAUUCUUCUUAUUUUAUUGAAAACAUUUACGAUAAUUAUAAAAACUUAUCUUUCCUAAGUAACAAUACAGAUUCAGAUAUACCAAUUUUGUUAAUACAUGGUAAAGAAGAUGAAAUUAUUCAUGUCUCCCAUUCAGAAUAUUUAAUGAAGAAUUUGAACAACAAAUUUAAACAUGCUUCUUAUCCAACUGAUUCAUAUCAUAAUUAUUACUACGUUAUAGAUGAUCUUGGAAUUCCAAUAAAAAUAUUCCUAGAAACCUUGAGCAAAUCAAAGAAUGCAAAAUCUGUUGAUAUUAAUAUUCCCAAAGCUUAUUUUUAUAGAGAACUUAUAUAUUACCGAAUAAAUGGCCUCGAUGAAACAUUCAAAAGGUUAAAUGAAGACGAAAAAAAUAAAAACACAAAUGACAAGAAGACAACAAAAGGAGAGUCAUCAAAAGAUAUAUCUAAAGAUACAUUUAAAGAUACAUCUAAAGAUACAUUUAAAGAUACAUCUAAAGAUACAUUUAAAGAUAUAUCUAAAGAUACAUUUAAAGAUAUAUGUUCCAUUGAUAAAUUAACAAAAAAAAGAGGUUCCAAAAAAAAAGAUAAAAAAGAAAAAAGCACAAAUAUAACUUGUACUAAUAUAAUCAAUAACAAUUCAAGUAACGACCUAUCUAUACAAAAUAUAACAAAUGCUAAUAUAAAAAAUAAGGAACAAGAACAUACAGAUCAAAGUACACAAAAAAAUAAUAAUAAAUGUUCUAAAAAAGGGGAUUCAAUAUAUAGUAUUAUUAAAAAUGAAUAUAUAAGAAAUACACUUGAAAACAAUUUAAAAAAAAAUUAUAUGGCAUCCAAAAAACAUUAUCAUAAAAACGAUGAAGAAAAAAAAAAAUCAAAUAUUAAACAAAACAAUGUAUUGCACAAGGAAGAUGAAAAUAAAAUGUUAAAACAAAAUCACAGUGAUAUUAAAAAAAAUAAACAUCGAGAUAAAUAUAAUAUAGAAGAAAAUGUUAAUAAAAAAAGUAAAGAAACAAAAAAUACAAAAACCUCAAAAGGAUAUCCAAACAUUCUAAAUAAAAAUUAUGAUAAAGAAAUCAUCAAUGAAGAAAAAAAAAAGAAAAAAAAAAAGAAUAUAAAUAAUGUAAAUAUAAAUAUAAUUACAUCAUCAUCUUCAAAAAAAAAUUUCAAUGAUCAUUAUGAAAAUAAUUUAUUUGAUAAAUGGGAUGGUAAAAUAUAUUGUACCAAGAAAAAAAAAAAAACAGAAGAAUCUGAUGAAAAAAAUGAAUUUAAUACAAAUGUUGAACAAUAUAUUUCUUCUUGUCAAAGUAACCAAAGAAAUAAAAAAGGAACUAAUGAUGAUAAUAACUUGGAUAAGGAAAACAAUAUAUAUAUAAAAGAAUGUAAUAUUUAUGAUAUUAAUAGUAUAAAUAAUAAUAAUAAUAACAAGUACGAAAUAUGUAAUUAUGAUAAUGAUAAUGAUAAUAUUAAUACAUUUAAAACAAAUUCAUCAUCCAGUAAUCUAGACAAGGACAAAAAUCAUACGUUAUAUAAUGAAAAAUAUAAAGAUGAAUAUCCUAAACAUGAAGACGAAAAAAAUAAAAAGUUUCCUAUUAUUCAUUAUAAAAUAAAUGAUUUCAAAUAUUAUAUCAAAAACAACAUUAUUAAUAAAGAAAAAAUUGAUAAUACUGUUGAAGGGUAA